UGCUAUGAGAAAAAUAACUUCCUUUCAUAAGAUCGACUAUUGAAAUGGAAAACAAAAGUAAAGAACAUAUCAAAUCGUGGGUUUAGUUACUAAUAUUCACAAUGGCAGGAGGCAAAAGAGACAAGAAAGAUAAAGAGGAGCGAAAGUCAAAGAAAUCUAAGUAUGAGGCAGAAAUAUAUGAUGAUGACGAUGAUGAUGAACAAGGAGAAAAAGAAAUCACCAAAGAUAUGCCUGCAUCUGCAUCAAGGGAAUGUGCUGGAGCAACACUUCAGGAUGAGUUUGGUGCACAUGACUACAGGCAAACAUUAGAGCUAAAGUCAGACCAUAAAUCUAGACCACUUUGGAUAGCCCCCAAUGGACAUGUUUUCCUUGAGUCCUUUUCACCAGUCUAUAGACAUGCUCAUGAUUUCCUUAUUGCUAUAUCUGAGCCUGUGUGCAGACCAACUCAUGUUCAUGAGUAUAAGUUAACAGCUUAUUCUCUUUAUGCUGCUGUAUCAGUAGGGCUGCAAACAAAUGACAUUAUUGAGUAUUUACGUAGGUUAAGUAAAACUACUCUACCAGAGGGAAUAGUAGAGUUUAUUAAGCUCUGUACCCUUAGCUAUGGCAAAGUUAAAUUGGUCUUGAAACACAACAGAUACUUUGUUGAAAGUCAAUAUCCUGAUGUUCUUCAAAAACUGUUAAAAGAUCCUUACAUUCAACAAGCAAGGAAAAGAGAGAAUGAGGAAGAAGCUGGCAGUGAGGACUUGAUAGCUGGUCAACUCUCAGGAAAAUCAGCUUUACAGCUGAACAAGAAGCCUGGGGAUCCACAAGCAGGAUCAUCCACAGCUAAUGGCUCUAGUGGUGAAACUAAAGAAGAUGUUCCCGAUGAUAUUUUCGAACUGUAUGACAAACUGGAUAAAGAGGAAGAUGAUGAUGAUCCUCAAUUAAAAACUGUAUCUUUUGAGGUUAACCAAGAAAAUAUCGAAGUCCUGCAGAAAAGAUGUAUAGAGCUGGAGCAUCCACUUUUAGCUGAAUAUGAUUUUAGAAAUGACACAGUAAACCCUGAUGUAAAUAUUGAUUUAAAGCCCUCUACUGUAUUGAGACCUUAUCAGGAGAAAAGUUUACGUAAGAUGUUUGGUAAUGGAAGAGCAAGAUCUGGUGUAAUUGUAUUGCCUUGUGGUGCUGGAAAAACGCUGGUGGGUGUCACAGCUGCUUGUACUGUGAGAAAAAGGUGCAUUUGUCUUGCAACUUCUGGUGUGGCUGUAGAACAAUGGAGGUCCCAGUUCAAAAUGUGGUCUACAGUUGAUGACAGUUUAAUUUGUAGAUUUACUUCUGACGCUAAAGAUAAACCGAUGGGUUGUGCAAUAUGUAUCAGUACAUACUCUAUGUUGGCACACUCAACAAAACGCUCAUGGGAAGCAGAGAAGAUGAUGGAAUGGCUGCAAAACCAGGAGUGGGGUUUAAUGGUGCUUGAUGAAGUUCAAACAAUACCAGCCAAAAUGUUUAGACGAGUUCUCACCACAGUCAAUGCUCACUGCAAGUUAGGUCUCACCGCAACACUUGUGAGAGAAGACGACAAAAUUGCUGACCUCAAUUUUCUGAUUGGACCAAAACUCUAUGAAGCCAAUUGGAUGGAGUUGCAGAAUUUAGGCUACAUUGCACGUGUACAGUGUGCUGAAGUUUGGUGCCCAAUGAGUCCAGAAUUUUACAGAGAAUAUCUCGUCAUGAAAUCUCAAAGAAAGUUGCUUUUGUCUACAAUGAACCCCAACAAAUUUAGGGCUUGUCAAUUUCUCAUUCGCUAUCAUGAACGAAGGAACGAUAAAAUUAUAGUAUUUUCUGACAAUGUGUUUGCAUUAAAGCAUUAUGCUGUCAAGCUAAACAAACCAUAUUUAUAUGGACCUACCAGUCAAGGGGAACGUCUACAAAUUCUUCAAAAUUUCCAACAUAAUCCAAAAGUUAACACAAUUUUUGUUUCAAAGGUAGCUGAUACCUCUUUUGAUUUGCCAGAAGCAAAUGUUCUUAUCCAAAUAUCAGCUCAUGGUGGCUCUCGUAGGCAAGAAGCUCAGAGGUUAGGUCGAAUUCUCAGAGCCAAAAAAGGUUCAGCAGCAGAAGAGUACAACGCCUACUUCUAUUCUCUGGUAUCUCAGGACACAAAUGAAAUGGCAUUUUCUCUGAAACGUCAACGGUUUCUUGUCAACCAAGGCUACAGCUAUAAGGUGAUAACAAAGCUGGAGGGAAUGGACCAGGAGGACUUGUUCUAUCGGACAAAAGAUGAGCAGGUUCAGCUUCUUCAGAAAGUUCUUGCGGCAUCAGAAGAGGAUGCUGAGGAAGAGAGGGUACUUGGAGAGUUUCCAGGAAAAUCUUCGUUUAAUCGUAAAGUGGGAAGCAUGAAUUCUUUAUCAGGAGCAGAUGAUGCUAUUUACAUGGAGUACACAGGAAGAGGAAGGAGCAAGAAAGCUGAUCAUAUUCACCCUCUGUUUAGAAAAUUUAAAAAAACUUGAUUGGUUUGUUGUUUUUUUCCUUCAUUUUUGUUUUGUUUUAUCAACCAAAGUGAUUUACAUUUACUGAUUACAAUGUCAACAAUUUUCCUACGCUUAACUUUAAUAUUCUGUUGAUGAAAUAAAAAAUUUCAUUUUAA